GCGUCUUGAAUUUGUUCACCCUGGUGCAGUUAUUCUUUGGCUAGGGGACGUGAGGGGUUUGUUGUCUGUUAGGUUUGGGGUUAGAGAUGUGGCGGAAAGCAAGUAGAUUUGUAAGUGGUUUGCAAUGCAGUCACCAUAUACGACAUAUACGUACAAGUCUAGCACAUAGACAGCCACUGGUUCCAAUUGUCAUUGAACAGACAGGAAGAGGAGAACGUGCAUAUGAUAUUUACUCACGUCUGCUCAAAGAGCGAAUCAUCUGUGUUAUGGGACCGAUCUCAGAUGACCUGUCAUCACUGGUAGUGGCACAGCUGCUGUUCCUGCAGUCAGAAAGCAGCAAGAAGCCUGUACACAUGUAUAUUAAUAGCCCUGGAGGCAGUGUCACUGCAGGUCUGGGUAUCUAUGACACCAUGCAGUACAUCCUUCCCCCCAUUGCAACAUGGUGUGUUGGUCAGGCGUGCAGUAUGGCAAGUUUGCUCUUGGCAGCUGGUGCACCUGGAAUGAGACAUGCCCUCCCUAAUGCACGUAUUAUGAUCCACCAGCCAUCUGGUGGUGUACAGGGCCAAGCAACAGACAUCCAGAUACAGGCUGAGGAGAUCAUAAAGCUCAAGCGACAGAUCAACGGUCUGUAUGUGAAACACACAGGGUUGCCACUUGAGAGAAUAGAAUCUAGCAUGGAGAGGGACAAAUUCAUGUCACCAGUUGAUGCAAAAGAGUUUGGCAUCAUAGACAAGAUACUGGACCACCCACCCAAACAUGGAGAAAAGGUUGAGAGCAGUGAGCAGUGUACUGUGGCAGGCAACUAGGCACAAAACAAGACACAGUGAAUUGAAAAUGAUCUUAUGUUUCACUUUAUUAAAUGAUUCCAAAAUUUAAGCUUGCUGACCUAUAUAUAUUUUUAUUCCAUCUGA